AUGUUUCUCCCCUUCCUCACUAUUACUGUUCUGGUGGCAUCCGUAGCUGCAGAUAGCGUCAGCACCUAUUCGCAGCAGAAAUGCCGCACCAAGCUUAACACCUGGCAAGGGCAGGGUGGAACCACGACAAAGACGUUCAUUCAAACAUUCACAAAGACUCUCCGCCCAGUCAUCACACCCACCUCCACCUUCACACCGGGCCAAUCGACUCUCCUCAGCACGACAACGAUUACUCAGACAUCCACUACAUCUCUUCCUCAAACAACGGACACCUUUUCGUCCACCCUGUCCUUCACCGACACAAGCACUGUCUCGACCACUCUCGUUUCCACCAUCUUAUCCACCACCACUGUCACCACGACUAGCACCCUCGAUACUACCACUGUCGCUGCUUCUGCUGGUUUCACUCCAAUCUGGUCCGCCUUGUCAUCGUCGGGACAUGCAGCAUCCAAGAAGGUCAAACGAGGUAGCGUCAUCCGAGACGCUGAGCCCGGAGCACAACCAGAGGCGGAGGCCAAUGCUCGCUUUGGCUACAAGAAGCAGACUGGCAAUGGCCCGAAGAUUACUUGCAAUCCCGAUGGCAGCCUCACCUACAACCCACCGCAAUACCGGGGCUCAGUCACAUGCUACAAGCAAGUGCAAGUCGUCACCACCAAACUUCUUCCAACAACGGCGAUGACCACCAAAACGGUCACUGCUCCUCGUCUGACAACUACCGUCGUAAGCCGUGUCCAUCUCACCUUGUCCCACAUGAAGCUAAUGCAUCGCCAGUACUCCACCAGCACGGCCGAGACAACGACAACCAUUACACCUAUCGCAGCUUCGACAACUCUCACCGUCUCCAUCACGACCACCCUAACAUCAACGACUACUUUCUCUUCCACGACCUCCGGGCUCCUCACCACCACUACAGCUGUCUUGGCUCCCCAGCCCACGUACUAUGCGGCUUGUGCAUCUAACAACGUUGCAUCCUUUGUUGAUAGCAACCGCAUCAACACCAUCGCCACGGAGGACCCAGACAACGGCUUCUCCUUUGGCAAUUCGACCACCACUGCUUAUGACUGCUGUGUCCAGUGCGUGGUCAAUGGCAACUGCGGUGGCUCGACUUUCCACCCUGCUUCAGGAACUUGCUACUUCUUCCCGCUUGUCGGAGCGACCUGCAGUGGUAGCACUGAUGUGGGCAGCUUCACGACUCAGACCGGAACGAAGGUGGGCUUCCAAGUGAGUGACGGCAACUGUGGUGCAGUUGUGCUUGCUUCUUGA